AUGGUUACCAAGCUCCGCGCUGCAGGCGCAUAUGAUGUGAUUUCGCACGGCGCCGCAUGGCGAGACGCUGACAUGUACCUCCGUGAACACGUCAUGCCAUAUUAUGAAGGCGCAACCAUCUACUGUCCGCCCUUCGACCAUCCAGACAUCUGGAACGGCAACAGCACGGUGAUGCACGAGAUCGCGUCCCAAAUGCCCAGCCGCUCCGCGCCCGACGUCAUCAUCUGCUCCGUUGGCGGCGGCGGCCUUAUCAACGGCAUCUGCCAGGCCAUGGACGACAUCAACAUGCACACGCCCACGAUCCUCGCCGUAGAGACAGCAGGCGCAGAUAGCCUCGCCGCCAGCCUAUCCGCAAACGAAGUCGUCACCCUCCCCAAGAUCACGUCAAAAGCGACAAGUCUGGGCUGUGUGCGCGUUACAGAUCGAACUUUCAAGUACUCGCAGCGCAACAACGUGCGCUCCGUGGUGCUUCCAGAUGGUGUCGCGGCAAUGGGAUGCUGGCGCCUGGCCGACGACGAGCGCAUGAUGGUCGAGCUUGCAUGCGGCGUCAACGUCGCGCUGUGCUACGACGGCCGUCUGGAGAAAGCCCUCGGGCGCCCCGUCAAGCCUGAUGACAAGGUCGUCAUUGUCCUGUGCGGUGGCAGUAAUGUCACGAGCGGCAUGCUCUGCGAGUGGCGCGAGGAGUACAAGCAUGUCGUCGACGACGAGCUGGAGUCGCUGCGGAGGGAUAGCGCCUACACAAGUGCCGAGGCCAGCCCGAAGACGGCACCGACAGUACCCAGCGAGUUGACCAUGCCAGUCAUUGAGGGGAUUGAGGUUGGCUCCUUGGCAGUGAGGGCUUGA